GCAACAUACAAGAGCUUGUAUCUAAUUACGGCUACUCUUGCUAAGAUGUCUACAAUUCUAGUUUAUUUGCUAUGCAAUAAUUACACCUUUAUAGGAUGUCUUCAUUCAAGGAAGACGAGAAAAUAAGGAAAUGAACUAUGACUCACUGAACUUCACGAGAAGUUUCUCAUUCGUCGGUAUGCAGGGUUGUUGAUUUAAAACAAAGGAACGCGAGAUUUGUAAACACAAACAGACGAAAAUAUGUCAAUUUCAAACAAAUGUCAAGAAAUGACUACAGAAUGGUUUGAAUCGCAGUGUCAACCGACCAACGAUUUAACAGUCUAAUACUUUGUCGUAAUUUCUUGUGAACAGCACGUCAUCACAUAGAAAUGGGCUGCUCUUUCUGUAAUCCCGCUAAGGACGAAGAGGAGGAAGUACAGAAACCCAAAGAGUAUUCAUGGGAUAAAAAACCAAAAAUCGACCCAAGUGAUUUUAUUAUAGCAAAUUACAAAGGGGAGGAUGUCUGCCGUGUACCUGGUUCUGUGAACGGACAACAGCUUGUUAUUCAAAACUGCUCAAAUAAUAUGAUAUUUGUUCUUGACUGCAUCGAUUCUAUCAAUAUUGAUGACUGUACAAAUUCAAAAAUAAUCCUUGGUCCUAUCAAAGGAAGUGUUUUUGUUAGAGACUGUAUUGACUGUGUCUUAGUUGUCCCUUGUGGACAAUUUCGCCUCAGGGACAGCCAUCGUUUAGACAUAUUCCUUCACUGUGCAACACAACCAAUCAUAGAAUCGUCCACCCAUAUAAGAUUUGCUUGCAUUCGUCUCCACUAUGAUCUCCUUACAGACCACAUGAAGACUGCUGGACUCAGUUCAUUUAAUAAUUUAUGGAAUAAUGUUCAUGAUUUUACGCCUGUUGAUGGAGAUGGAAAUUGGCACCAACUACCAGAGAAAGUGCGUCUGCAAGACUACAUAACUCCACCUUUCCCACCUCAACUUCGAGAUGUUGGGUGGACUGUGACUGGCGAAUCAAAAGCACUACCAGUAAAUCUUGGAGAGACUGACUAUUUUGGAAAGGAAAUUUGCCUCAUUCUGGUGUUUAGUGAUGAAGAAAAUCACCAGAGUGACGUUGCUUUGGAUUUCUUAUCAGCUCUCCUUGCAAUCAAUAAAAAAUGUGCCCUGCUGUCAAGUAGAGAGGUUCAACUCCAGUCUGCUGAUGCCAGUGCCAUGGGACUAGGAUCUGAAGAAGCAAAGAAACUUGAACAAGGGCCAGUCUGUGGCCUGAUUAUUGGUGGAGAUAAUUGUGCUCAAUCAAGCUUGCAGGUACUACAAAAUUUCAGCAUUCGAGGCAAUGUGUAUGUCAAUCACGAUCCGAUCACUGCUCCCAAACAGGCACAUAGCUUUCAGCAAUGUGCUGCUAUGCAUCUAGGAUGUUAAGCACAAUCCUCACAUUUUAUAGAUUUUUUUUACAGCAAAAUAUCAAGUUAGUAGUUGGUAUGUUACUUUUUAUUAUUUUUUAUCCUUUCUUAGAUUUUUAAGUAAGGAGAGAUUUAAUAUCAGGAAAUUGAGAGGGUUGAAAUGAUGUGAAGUGACCUAUCAAGGUGGCUUAUUUUCUAAUACUCAAUUGUGUGUUAUGGAAAUGACCUUUAUCUGGUACAAAGAGACAUUCUGGUGGUUAAAGCAAAGCUAGCAUUUAAUUUGUGCUAUUGGUGUGUUAGGUACAUAUACAAUACUAGUCCAAUGUAUUUAAUUUCAUCAAGACUUUUACAUUUACUGCAUCAGCAUGUGUAAGGUCUAAUAUGCUGAUGAAUUAAAAUAGCAAGCUCAUGUGAGGGAAAUUUUGAGGUACAAAUAUUAUUGUUAACUGUCGCCCAGGUAGCAAAACCAGCAAAAAUGCACCAUGACUGCAUUGUGUGUCCAAUGUAAAAUGUACCCAUAAUAUGUUUAAAGCGCUUAAAAUGCGCCUUAGACGUCUAAAAUUUGCAUUGUGGAUUGGAUAUAUAAUGCAGUCAUGAUGCAGAUUUGCUACCGGGGUCUAGUCCAUCAUUACCAACAUUGCUGUGUGAAUUGUGUCAUUUUAUGAAUCUAGAUUUUAAUUUAGAUUAAAAAAAUAAUCUUAGAAUCCAGUGAGUGAAUCCGUCCUUGUAUAAAUAUGUCAGGGGCUUUUCCUGCACAUUUAGUUGUUCUAUUGAGCGUUUACUGUAAUAAAUGUUUUUUUUAGCACCGAAGACCGAAGUGA